AUGAAUUUUCUUCCAAUUUUACCAUCGCUAUUUCAAUCUGCGGAAAAUGGAACUUGCCCGGAUAAACCUAAUACUAUUCCCCUUCAUUGGUCGAACGUUGGAAUAGCCUCUUUGUUUAUUUUCGUCAGUGGUUUAAUUUCUUUAUGGCUUGGAUUACGUCUAGAAAAAUCUUUAUUAACUAGUUCGAUUCGAUGUGUUGUACAACUAACGAUUAUGGGAUUAGUCCUCGAAGACGUUUUUAGAAUGCGGCAUCCGAUUAUUGUAUUAGGAAUGAUAUUUGUGCUUGUUUUCUUGGGAGCCAAUGAAAUUGUAUUUAACAAAAGCAAAAGGCGGCAUACGGGGAUGUAUAUGUCCGUACUGGCAUCGCUAGGAAUAAGCACAAUUUUGGUUGGAAUAAUCGGAUCUCGCUACGCUAUGCUUCAAAUACCAUUUUGGGAUCCUCAGGUAUUCAUCCCAACAAUGGGCAUGCUGCUCGGAAAUUGUAUGUCAGCAAUAGCUGUCGGAGUAUCCUACGCGUUGGAACAAUUCAGUGAACAGAAAGAAAAGAUAGAAAUGUUCUUAGCUUUUGGUGCAACCAGAUGGGAAGCUGGACGUUCCGUUGCGACGGAAGCAAUCAGAUUGGCAAUGUUACCUACUAUUAAUUCAAUGAGUAUAAUCGGAUUGAUCUCUAUUCCAGGAAUGCUGACGGGUCAGUUAAUUGGCGGUGCACCUAUUAUGGACGCAAUAAAAUAUCAACAAAUCAUCAUGUUUAUGAUUUCUGCUUCAUCAGCUUUAGGAGUUCUUAUGUCGAUCCUUGCUUGUAUCUUCACAUGUAUUGAUAGCUCCCAUCGCUUACGCAUUGAUCGGAUAUCAAAUUCCAAACCUUGGAUCUAUGUUAAACGUGAUGAGUUGAUUGCUAGCAUUAAAUUUGGCAUAACUAGACUUAAAAAUUAUGUAUGUUGCUGUUUUUUGAAAUCUGAUAAAUUUUCUGAUCAAGAUGAUCAAAUUUUGUUAUUAGGUGGAGAUACUUCAUAA